AUGAACCCUGUAAUUCAGCCAGUUUCAAGUCCACAAGUAUAUUUUUUUCACUCAAACCAGUCACCAGUUCCUCCCACAAAGAAGAACUGAAGAAGAUGGCCUGCGUAAUAUCUUCUUCUGCAGCUCUUUCAACUCGGUCACUUCUCUCCACGGACUCAAUCCCAGCCCAAUCAUCUCGCUCAAUCAAACCCAAUUCAAUCUCAUGGGUCUCUUCGUUUCCCACUGUAAACAUCUCAAUCAACAACAACCCAUCCUCACUCAACAAGAAUUCUUUCAUUCAAGCUGCGUGGACCAGAAGAUCUCGAGGUGAACUUGAGAAGAAACCUAACAAAAAAUCUUGGAAACAGAGGACAGAAAUGUAUAUGAAGCCAUUUUUACUAAAUGUUUUCUUUUCAAGGAAAUUUAUUCAGGCAAAAGUGAUGCACCGGGGAACAAGUAAAGUGAUAUCAGUUGCUACUACAAAUGCCAAAGAUCUUAGACACAGUUUACCAUCACUCACAGAUCACAAUGCCUGUAGAAUUGUAGGGAAGCUUAUUGCUGAGAGAUCCAAGGAAGCCGAUGUUUAUGCAAUGUCAUAUGAACCUCGAAAGGAUGAGCGGAUUGAAGGUAAACUUGGAAUUGUUAUUGAUACUAUUAAGGAGAAUGGGAUCAUAUUUGUUUGAGCAUUUUACUUGCAGGUUUUGUUGUUGUAAAUGACGUUGGAAUUUAGGUUUUGUUGUUGUAAAUGACAUUGGAAUCUUACAAUGAUCUUUUUUCUAACAUGUCUAAUAGAAGAUUUCCCAUGGAA